AUGGCACGUGAAUACUAUGCAAUCUCCCAUACUCCAGAGUAUCCUUCGCAGUAUAUCGCCAUUCCUAGCCUUCUCCUUGUCACUGCAGUCGGAUUGAUUAGCUGCGGUAUAGCCGCACUUCGCCAGCCGGAAAAGUCUUCCGACCUGCCUCGCUACAACGGACUUCCUCUGAUCUACCAUCUCGUAGCCGAGAACCAUGAAAUUUUGUACAAUUACUACGCUAUAGUGAUUCCUGAUGGAGUCAUAUGUGGGUGGUUGCUUGUCUCCAUACUUGUCAGCACCGUUUGGGGCGUGUGUGGGAAGCCACCAAAGGACGGGGAGGCACCAAAGGCCGGGAACCCAUCAGAUGACAAAGGCUUUGACAUCGCUGUACUGGUUCUAGUUACUGUCGGAUGGAUAAUCUCCGUUGUCGCUGUUUCACGUUUCGCUCUCGCCGCCAUGGGACACAGGUAUGGCGGUGGCACGAGCAGGCAUCACAGAUACAGAUCUGAAGCUCCUAGAGCAAUUGAAAGUGAUAUUGAAAAUGUAGCUGGAAGCUCAGAAGAUGUCAAUAUGGACCAGUUACAUGGAGAUAGAAGCCCCUACGACGACACCAACAUGAACGCAACGAACGGAAAUAGGGAUUCCUUCGACAACGUCAACAUCUCCCAGGAUCGAGCGUCGGUACAUUACGUCCCUGGGCAUCCAUACCACCCCCUUCGAAUGAAUCCAGUAGACUCGAUAGGUACAAUCAGAUCAGUUGCGCCGGAUGUGAAAGAAAGUGAGAAGGUCACUAUCGACGACGCAGAGCAAGUUCCGAAAAGCCCCAAAUUGGCGACUCCUCUUGUCUCCGUACCAUUGCCGUCACAAACAACAAAAUCCCCCAUCGAAAAUGCAGAGCAACCUUCGAGUAGACCCGAGUCAGUUCCCCCUCUUGUCUCUAAGUCGCUGUCACCAGAUGACACACAAAGUGGAACAGAAACCACUAGAAACGCAGAUCAAGUUCCGAGUACCCACAGGCCAACUCCUCCUCCAGCCUCGAAGUCGCUGCCGCCCACUGGUUGCAAUUGUGAACAGUUGCAAUGAUUCAAUUCAAUAACCUUGGAAGAUUCGUUAAGUCGUUAGGGGGAAAGUGUUCUAGGACUCAAAGAAGGAUACCAAAAAUUUGAACACGUAAGCUAGACGAAGGACUAGAACUUCAAAGGUCCUGUGGAUCCCUUCUCUUAAUAUCUUAGACGCACCGCGCUUUAGAGAUUGAC